AUCAUUCGACCGAUGUCUGUAUGAUAGGGAUAUCGGUAAGAGUUUUAUUGAAAAUAUUAGAGACGUUUGGAAUGCAGUAAAUAGAAGGCAUGUUGAGUUGCAAGAACAUCUUCUUUAUGAUGUCUUAAAGAAGAUGGAUCAUGUACAACUUAUUGGAGAUUAUGGGUACCUUUCAAAACAACUGAGAUGGAUUUGUUGGCAAGGGUUUCCUUCUAAAUACAUUCCAAACAACUUUUGUAUGAAAAAUGUAAUUGCAAUGGAAUUAAAGCAUAGUAAUCUUCAACUCGUCUGGAAACAACCCCAGGAAUUACAGGUGUUAGAGAGGUUAAAAUUCCUUAAUCUUAGUCACUCCAAGUACUUGAUAGAAACUCCUGACUUUUCAACACUACCAAGUCUUGAAUGGCUCAUUCUAAAAGAUUGUUCAAGUUUGUGCAAGGUACACCCAUCCAUUGGAGAUCUCUGCAAUCUGCUACUGCUAAAUUUGAAGAACUGCACAAAUCUAAGAAGUCUCCCCAGAGAGUUAUAUAAGUCCAAAUCUUUAAGAACUCUCAUCCUAUCUGGUUGUUUCGAGAUUGACAUAUUGGAAGAAGAUAUAGGGCAAAUGAAAUCCUUCAUAACUCUAAUUACUAAUUACUGAAAGGAAAACAUUCUUUUAACAAUAUUUUUUUAACAAUUUUUUGACAAUACAUAAGUGACAGUUUGUGA